CAGCUGAUGCCGGAGGAGCAAAUUAUUGAUAAAUAAAGGCAAACGGGAAAAGGACGUUGGAAUGUCUCAAGGAAGGACGAUAAAGCUUAUCUGAGAUGCUCGACCACACAUUUCAUCAUUUUCAGCCACGGAUUUCUGCUUUAUUGUUACGCGUUUUUGCUUUAAUGCACUUUCAUCUUAUCAUAACGACUAAAAUCCGUUUGGCGCCGAAUUGAGUCGAAACACAGAUGCAACGGGUUUGUGCUCUGCGCGUAGAGAAAGUCAUUUACAGGAAUACCAAACUCACAGAGUCGGCCAGUGUAUGACACUGUGUAGCAGAGAGAUCAGCAUCUGAGAAGCAAAGGGGAGACAGCUGCUCCCAAACACUUCAGGACUUCAUAAACUGUCCACAUAAGAUCAUAUGAGUGCAGCUUUUAGCACGCCGUUCAUGAUGAUGCAGCGUCCGGUGGGAAGCACCACUGCAUUCAGCAUUGACUCUCUCAUUGGAGGUCCUCCGCAGCCCAGCCCGGGACAUUUCGUGUACACGGGCUAUCCCAUGUUUAUGCCAUACCGGUCAGUGGUGUUGCCUCCACCUCCGCCGCCACCUCCUCCAUCCCUGCCUCAGAGCGCUCUACCCCCGACCCAUCCGCACCACCCGAUUCCGGGCUUACCCGGCGGGUUCUGUUCCAGCCUGGCGCUCACGUCGACUCUGAUGGCAACGUUACCCGGCGGGUUCUCCACCUCGCCAUCCCAACAGCAACAGGACGCAGCGAGGAAACUCGGAUCUCAGUCUAUUCACUCCAUGUUUGAAAAAUCUCAGGAUAUUCGCUUAGAUGGGGAUGACGGGAAAACGUUUCCAGGGAAAGAUUCAACGGCCCUUUCGUCAUUCCACGAUUCACAGACAGUGCACACCUCCACAGUGCGAGGUCACAGCAAAGACGACCAGAAGGAGGAUGAGUGUCACAGGAAAGAUGAGAGCUUCUCCAUGGACAGUGAUUUAGAUUACAGCUCUGACGACAACGCGCCCGGUAACGCCAUGUGUCAAAAAGAAGAUGGAGACGCCAGCGGUGGAGCGGACGAUGGUGUCCACGGUGGGAAUGGGUCCGGGAACACCACCUCCACCGGGAAAAAUCGGAGAAGGAGGACGGCUUUUACGAGCGAGCAGCUCUUGGAGCUGGAGAAAGAGUUUCACUGUAAGAAAUAUCUGUCGCUUACAGAACGGUCACAGAUCGCCCAUGCCUUAAAGUUAAGCGAGGUCCAGGUCAAGAUCUGGUUUCAGAACCGGAGGGCCAAGUGGAAGCGGGUCAAAGCAGGCAACGUGAACUCCAAAACCGGAGAGCCCUCCAGAAACCCUAAAAUUGUAGUGCCCAUUCCGGUGCAUGUUAGUCGCUUUGCAAUACGCAGCCAACACCAACAGUUAGAACAGGCCAGACCAUGAUAUAAUGAGUUUGGUUAAGGACCAAGAAAAACAAAAAGAGGACACAAAUUAACAAAUUCUAAAUAUGACCAAACUGUUCUUGAAGUUGAUGUUACUGAGGAACCCAGGACAAUCUAAACUGCUGACUGCAUUGGGCGCAUUCUGUAUAAACAACUUUGUUGUUUAAUUGGAAAAGAAAGUUAUAACGAAAGGCUCGAAGACCUCAUACUGAGAGAAACUGCAGUUUUACUUCCAACUGUUUUGGACCAAAACAAAUUUUAGUUCAUGAUAUUCCAGUACGUAUUUAAAAUAAAACAUCAGGACGAUUAAGUCAAGUUUUAUGUUUAGUUUUGUGACUGUCUAGUGUUUUGUUUGCAGAGAUUAACAUUAUCAUAAAAGGAGCACUUCUGGUCUCUGCUCAUGCACACAAUUUCAUUCCGUUUAUAGUAAAAUUAAAUAUGUGCUCUUUAUUUUUUAUUGUAAAAAAUGAUUUUUGCAUUUAUUUUUCCUUUUUUACUGUAACAUUUCAGACGUCAUGGAUGCGCUGCUUAUUUAUUUAAUAUUGUGAGAAAAACUUGCUAACGUUUUAUGAUUUAUGACUUCAGUAUAUUGUGUGGA